UGUAUCCAAAGCCAUGGAGUUCCUUUCCCUACUUUACGACAAUAUAAUCACCCCUACUUUAGCUUGCACCUUGGUGCUUCUCUUCUUUAUGUGCAAACUAUUUCUUGCACCCAAAAAAGAUGCACAACACAAAAGGCUAGCGCCAGAGGUCCCAGGGGCAUGGCCAAUAAUCGGCCAUCUCCAUCUGCUCGCUGGUCGGAAGACGCCUACUCACCUAAUCUUGGCGUCCAUGGCGGAUAAAUACGGCCCUAUUUUUCGAAUGAGACUCGGCUCGCAACUAGUCGUGGUGGUGAGCGAUUCCAUAGUUGCUAAGGAAUGCUUCAAGGCAAAAGACAAGGAGCUGGCAACGCGGCCCAAAUUCAUGGCGUCUGAAAUCAUGGGCUACAACUACUCUUUUUUUGCGAUUGCUCCAUACGGGGAGUACUGGCGUGAAAUCAGAAAGAUUGUCCUGCUUGAGCUGCUCUCUAAUCGUAGAAUUGAGAUGUUAAGAAAGGUGAGGGAAUCCCACGUAAGAAAAGCCAUCAAACGUACCUUUGAUCAUUGGUCUCACAACAAGGAUCCAAAUUCUGGGGCGGUGGUAGUGGAGAUGAAGCAAUGGUUUUCGAGACUGAUCAUCAACCUCUCCAUAGCCAUGCUUUUCGGGGAGGAAGAAGUGCCAGAUGAAAGCCAACUCUUGAAGUCCAUUAGGAAUCUGUUUGAGUUGUUUGGAGAGACGUUGGUGUCAGAUUUUAUUCCCUGGCUGAGAUGGAUGGACUUGGGAGGGUACGAGAAGGCUAUGAGGAAAACUGCUGAGGAAAUGGAUUGUGCUGCAGAUAGGUGGCUUAAGGAGCAUAGAACAAAAAGAAAUUUGAAAUCUAAAGAAGAAGAAGACUUUAUGGAUGCCAUGCUUUCCCUAUUUGAUGCCCCAUCCAAUCAAACUCAUCCUCUUGGAUUUGAUACUGAUGUUAUUAUCAAAUCUACUUGCUUGAACUUGCUUCUAGGUGCCACUGACACGACUACCAUAACAUUGACAUGGGCUCUCUCCUUAGUACUAAACAAUUACAACGUGUUGAGGAAUAUCCAAGAUGAACUAGACACCAAGAUUGGAAAAUUUAGGGGCAUUGAGGAAUCUGACAUAAAUAAGUUGAUUUACAUCCAAGCUGUCGUGAAAGAAACAUUGCGUUUACAUCCAGCAGUUCCACUCUCUGUACCCCAUGAAGCUAUAGAAGACUGCACCAUUAACGGCUACCACAUUCAGAAAGGCACUCGUGUAAUAUCAAACCUUGCAAAGAUUCAUCGCGAUCCAAAGGUGUGGGUAGACCUCAAUAAGUUUAGGCCAAAGAGAUUCUUGACUACUCACAAAGACAUUGACGUCAAGGGAAAUAAUUUUGAGAUAAUUCCAUUUGGUAGUGGUCGAAGAAUGUGCCCUGGUAUGAUUCUGGGCUUACAAAUUGUGCAUUUGACACUUGCUAGCUUGAUUCAAAGCUUUGAUAUGAAAAGGCCAUCAAUAGAGCCAAUUGAUAUGACUCAAAGCCCAGGAUUAACUACUGCCAAGGCCACUCCACUCCAUGUUCUCCUAAUGCUAGGCUUGGGUUCCGAUUUGUAUGGUUGAUUUACUUAUAUAGAAGAAAUAAGAAUCAUUGAGUUAAAUUGUGAGAUUUGUUAAAUUUGCGGGUAUCUUUCGUUGGAGUGGGGAUGCAAGGAACUUAUAGUGUGCGGGUAGAAUUGUCGUCUUUACUUUAGUUUCAACAAUAACAUCCUCUAGUGUUGGUGCCAUGCAUGCUUUA